AACCGCUCCCCUUUCCGUGCGAGAACGAGGCUUAAGUGGAUCGAAAGUUUACGUCUGCUUGGAGAAUAUAAAGUAGUUAGGUAGCAGACUACACGUGGCCAUACAGAGUGCAUUUACCCCGUAAAAACAGUAUAUACAGUCAUAAUGAUGAGUUCUUUUAUUUUAACAUUUGCAAGCUAUCUUGGUGCUUCAGAAAGCAGCAUCAGGCUACUGUUAUCUCUUUUGUCAGGAUAUCCGCUGGCAUGGCUGUACCGAUCUCCACUAAUGUACAAUCGGCCAUUGGCAGUAAAACAUACAUUCUUCACCCUUACUGGUCUUUUUCUGUGCUACUUCAACUUUGGGUACAACGUGUUUCACUCUUUGGUUCAACAUAUCACAGUCUACUUUCUUCUUAAGCUUACUGGAGGCACCAAAUUUUCAGUAGCUUUUGCCUUUGUCUAUAACACUUUGUACCUUGUACUAGGUUAUUGGUUUACCUUGGAGGACAAAAAUGAAAGUUACAUAAUAUCUUGGACUAUGCCACACUGUGUCCUUACUCUGAGACUCACAGCUGUUGCUUUUGACAUUUAUGAUGGACAGAAGAGGCCAGUUCCCAAGGAUGCCCAAGACUCAGCUCUCUUUUCCUGUCCAACCCUUCUUGAGCUAUUAGGUCAGAGCUAUUGCUUUGGGGGUUUUCUUGUUGGACCUCAAUACUGCAUGAGACGAUACCUAAACUUUGUAAGUGGGGAGUACUCUAAUCCCAUAACCAAGGGUCCACCAGAUAGUUUGCUUCCUGCUUUCAAAAGAUUCAUGCUUGGGGUGAUAUAUAUUGGACUUUACCAAAUCGUCUACAUUUUUAUUUCUGAUGAAUACCUUCUGUCAUCUGCUUUUCAGGAGAGAGGACUUUUGUUUAAGUGUGCAGUUUUGAUUGUGUGGGGCAAAACCUGCCUCAACAAAUACAUCGGUUCAUGGUUGUUGGCUGAAGGUUCCAUUAUAUACAUGGGACUGAGCUUUAAUGGUGUGGACAACAACAAUGUAGCUCAGUGGGAUGCUUGCACCAAUAUUAAGGUCCGCCAGCUGGAGUGUGGGAGCACAUUGCACAAUUAUAUUCAUUGCUUCAACUGCAACACAAACUUGUGGAUGGCAAGAUACCUCUUCAAGCGUCUGCGUUUCCUUGGCAGCAAAACGCUUUCACAGAGCUGCACUCUGCUUUACCUAGCAGUUUGGCAUGGUGUGUAUUCUGGAUACUAUGUUUGCUUCUUCUUGGAGUUUGUCUACACAACCUGUGAGCGGCAGGUUGAAGACCUAAUGCAAAGGAAAGAGCUGAAAACUGCCUUGUCAUCACCAGUUUUAAAAUGUCUUAUUUUCUUGGGACAAAAAAUUUUCUCUAGCUUUUUAAUCAGCUUUGCUCUGGUCAGUUUUUCUUUACUAAGCAUGGAAAAAUGGUUUUCUGUAUAUGCGUCCAUGAACUACAUAGGCUUUAUUCUACCUGCAAUCAUUCUACCUGUCUGCUCAAUUCUGAGGUUUGCAUUUCCAAAAUCACUCAUGCAGAAUGGAGUACAUUCUGGGACCUCCAGGGACAAAAAAGAAGACUGAUGAGACAUUUCACCAAGAGUAGCCUGGCAUGUCAGCAGUAAAUUUUUUAUUACUCGAUCAUUACUGUGAAUGUUACUGCAGCUGCUUUUUCUUGGUUUUUUUUUUUUCUCUUCAUCCACAAGUGAUCUGCUGUUAAAGAGGAAAAGUGUUGUGAAAACAUAGCAGAAAGAUAAGUAUGGGUGGAUAAUUGGCUAAUUCUUCUCAUCCUCUUUACCCCUUCUUCCUGCCUUUCCAGUUUAUACAUUACAUAAGGGUAUGUUGGAAUGUACAUUUUUUCUGAGGGGAUCUUUCACCUCAUUCAAGCUGACCAGUAAUUUGUAAAAUGUUGUAAUACUGCAAGCCACACUGGAUGGGUGCUUCCUGUUAUGGUUGGUGGGAUUAAACAGAAAUGCACCCAUUCUGUUUGACGUUACCUCCCCUUGACUUAAAGUGCAAGAUUACGUGCAUUUUUUUUUUAUGUGCACUUAAAUACUUAUGCUUUGAAAUGAAAGCAAAGUUAUCACAAGGUACAAAGAUGUUUUGACAAAAAAAUUUGUCUUAAAUUAUUGUUAAAGUCAGGGAAGCAGUUCUCCCUGCAUUUUUCAGCAGGUGAUUCUAAAGCCUUUCAAAACUAACCUUCUCCAUUGUUAUAUUUGUGUCCCUGUAAGCGAAGUGUGUAUGAAAUGUUUGAGGUGUCACAUGCCUUUUUCUGAUGUUACAUAUUUUUGCAAAGGUACAGGUGACAUAGUAUUUGUGUGCUUGUAAGAUAUUGCUUCAAAAUGCAAAGAAAUUUGGGUAAAGCUAAACUAAAGCUAUGUCUGUUUAAAAUUUGUUAUUCAACUAUAGUUAACAUUGUGAGUGAGGAGAAUACAUUUACUUGUGGGUUUCAAAAACUGACCACCUCAUCUGUAAGUAAACAUAUAUUUGAUUACAAAUUUUAAUAUUAUCAAAUCUCCCAAAAUACCUUAAGUAUCCCAACCCUGAUAAAUGUAAACACAAACACGUUUUACAAUAACAUAUAAAAAUACUACUUUAAUAGGCAUUUGGCAUUUUAAUUUCUAUUAUUUUAAAAUAUAUUUUUCUGAAAUAAUGAUGGAAUUUGCUUUGGAAGGUCACCGGAUUAUUUCAGAGCAUGAAAAGACAGAAUCAUUCAAUGGGUACAGAGCUCAGAAUAAGCAGUCUUUCUAUUAAAAUCUUGUUUUGUGCAAAAUACUAAAAACAAUCAUUUUACAUUUAAAAUCUUUGAUCUUUAUAUCAUUUUUAAAAAUAUACAGUUGGUUGGUUUUUGCUAUCCAGGAUUUUGAUAUCAGUAAUGUUUUAGCAAGAGAUGUUUGAUACCUCAUACAGCAUAUAUACACCUCCCCCAUCCAUUACCACCACCUCCUUUGCAGUGCUGUGAUGAAUUUUGCUUUAUUUAUUGACAGUACAUUCUAGAAUAAAAGUUUUUGUUUUAAAGAUUUUAACAUUUUGUGAUGGAAUAAUCAAAUAUAACUAAAGAAAAUGUUUUUAAGUAGUUAUAAUGAAAAUUAUGACUGUAGUUAAUGAUUUUUUAAAACAUGCUAUUUUUUCGUGGUAACUUUCAGACAGUACACAAAAUCAUAGGUCAUUGAUUUUAUUGUCUUUAUAAAGUACAGACUGUUAUCUAAAUUUUCAAGCAUGUUCAUUUUGAUUGAAAAAUCUUGAGAUGUGUGUGGUCAACGUGGUGGCAGGGACCCCAUGAAUGGACAUUCCAGAAAAUAUCAGUUCUUGGAUGCUGUGGUCAAGUUUGAGAUAACUGAUUUUGAUACUAUGACAUGUAAUACAUAUAUUUCAGGUGCAUUUUUGUUGAAAAAAAGUGUUUUCAUGUUAAAUUAAUUUUUCACACUUACCCUCACCAAAUUUACACUUUUACAAAUUUACACAAUUUAAUGAAUUACAAAAACUUCAUUUUCUCCCAAGGCAUUUUUGGGCUAUGGUGUGUUCACUUCAAGAAAAAAAAAUCUUAGGGUAGUUUAAAGCAAUGAAAUUUUGUAGUUGUACCUACACAUAAAUAAUCUACAAUUACAGAUAUUGGCCUGUUGAUAUAAGCAUUAUUUUGGCUUGUAAAGAUUAAUUUUCUUUUCCUUUUUCACAAUUCUGGGGGUCCUCACUUUAACUACACAUCUCCAAGAAUUUCAAAGAUAUCAAAAUAAACAUUCUUGAAAAUUAAGAUAAUAGUUACUUUAGAAGGACGCUAAAAUCAAUCUGUGAAUUGUGGAAAUGUCUGAAAGUUAUUUUGAAAAAAAUAAAACUUAAAAAAAAUCAUUGUUUAGUCAAAAUUUUCAUCAUAACCACUUGACAUUUUAUCUUUAAUUAUUCUGUCACAAUAUGUUAUUAAAAAUCUUUAAAAUAAUUUUUUUUUUUUUUCUAGAGUGUGCUGUCACACAUUGAUUGUUAUUCUAGACAAUCAUAGAGGCACAGUGCCUACCUGCAGUAAAUUUUAUCACUCGUCUUGGGCAUUACGUAUAAGUUCAACAAGCUGCAACAUGCUCUUUUCACAAUAAAGUGACAUGGCGGCCAUCCAAAUAGUUUAUUUUGAUCUUAUGAACCCAGUUUUGUGUACAAUUCAUUAGAAUUGGUAUACAUUUUAAAAUGCUGCAAGAAAAUAAUAUGAAGUACUUGCUACGUCAUAUUGGUUCAUCAUCAACUCUUCCACUGACAUUUUCUCUUUUGACCUGCCUUUGAAAUAGAUGCAUUCUAAACCAUUGGCAUAGAUACAUUUGCUUUUUCAAAAUCCUGGUUCUGCAAAUCUAACAUAGCUUGCACCCAGUAAGUAAGUGCAUUUUUUUAAACUUAAAACAUAUAGAGUUAAUUUUUCAUUAUUGUAAAUCUACAUAAAUAAGGCAAGUGGAGAGACACCAUUUAUACAAGGAGAUCAAAAGGUGUGGAAUUUUCAAAUUUUCUUCUCACUUUCAGCAGCUAAUAAUUAUUAAUGGUUUAUACAGGUGUGACAAAUCUUUUUCCAGUCCCUCUUUCACAUUUUCCAGAAUACUUUAACCAAGAUAUUCAGCAAAAUACAAAGCUCUCAUACAUAUAUAUAUUAGGAUGAUUCUCCACAACAGUUUCAAAAAUGGUUUACAGACUGUAUUCUUUGGUAUGCUGUUAAAUAGAUUCUCUAACUGAUGGCACAAUGAGAACUUAAUACAUAUUCUGUGAUAAUGUCAGUAGCAAUAUUCACAAUCCUAUCCAAGGUCCUAUUGAACAGAAAUAAUUUCCAGCUAACUAACAGAACAUGAAUAUGUUGCUAAACUUUGAAUCUACUUUAAUAAAAUUUUAAGGGACAAAAUGUGUAAUAAAAUUUAUAUAAAUAUUGCCAACACCUUGUGGAGUCUUUUUUUUGAAGCCAUCAGAGGCUGGUACAAGCUAGUGAACAUGCUUGUUCAGUCAAUUAUGGCUUAACAAUUUCCUCUUGUCCCCCUCUUAUUCAAUAUUGUUAGCAGAUACACUAAUGUAGGCAAAGAAUAAGAGGAAAUCAUGGCCUCCAGCAUGUGCACUUAACAAUAUAAUAAUUGUUUUGUCUGCUGCUGGUGCUUAUAUGAGGCAUGUUUUGCAUUUAUGCAUGGUGUGCAACAUUAAUGGUUGCUUCAGUUCUCUGCAUAUUUGCUCAUAUAAGCCUUCACUUACCAGGUUGAAAUCCUGCACACAUUGUGAGAAUGGAUAGCUAAACAAUAAUAAGGAGAAAUGAUGAGAUUCAAUCAGGGAUAACUGUCCCUAAGUUUCUCCCUUCAAAAACUAACGUAGCUAUGAUUUUUUUUUUCUUUUGGGAAGUAGCAUAUGCUCAGUACCAUGUUAGAAAUGGCUAACAGCUACCCAUUUAACACAGAGUUUCAUUACAAUGAGUGAAAAUUCAAAUACACAAGUAGUAAAGCCUGUGAUAUGUUUAAAAGUGAAUUGUGCAGACCAAACGUGUCCUGAUAUGGGAGGUGUUUGCUAGCCAGAGGGCCCACUCAUCAUAGAUUUUACAUAUUGUAUAUUGGUGUAUAUUAAAUAAAAUAUUUUUCUCUUUAGUCAAGAAAACUUGCUGUUUUAGUUUCCUAAACCUGCUCCUGCUGACAGUUGCUAAUGACUGUUUCAGCAUACCUAUGGAUUCAGAUCCAAUGCAGAAGCAGUAUGAAGAUCAUUUUGUAGUGAGAAUUUCAGAGGCAAAACAUGGAGUUCUCUGCAGCUUUCGCUGGCCUGACCAAAACAUGGUUGUCUGAGAGAAAUCAUGAUGUGGUUGUCCAUCUUGCAUUAGCUACUAUAUCUCACAUCAGCCACGUGAAGGGAAAAUAAAACUUUGGGAAAGAUUUUAUUGUUUCAGAUGGGUUUAAACUCUAUGAAUUCUUACAAUAUUCUUUGGAUUCCUUCAGUUUGAUAACUAAUUUUAAAAUAAAGAAAUAAUGUUCAAAAUUAAUAUACAAUGAAAAAUCUUUACAGCUGUUUUAAAAAAAAAUUGCAAUGAAUGAAACAAGGUUGGUCAAACCAGCAUUUCAACAGCAUUGAAACCUUCAACCGAUUCAGUAUUUAUGCGCUGCUAUAACUUAAACUUACAGGAUCAUGUAUUGGUCACUGAGUGGGUAUCCAUGUAAUCAUGUUCUAUCCCCACCGUUCGCCUACUCACUUUGUUCUAAUAUAGCUGAAAUUUAACAGAGGUGGAAGUGAAAAACAUCAAAUUGAAAAGUAACUAUGAGUGCUUGUAGCAUUAAUCCCUUAAUUAUGCAAAUGGUUCAUUGGGGGGAAAUGGAGGGUGGUAAAGAUACAAUAAACCAAAUUUUUCUUAAUCACAAGCAAAUGUUAAUAUUUUUUUAUGUCUAGAUUUAAAAAUCAUGUAACCAUAACUACAACCAUAUAAUUCAUCUUGAGCAUGUUAUUUAAUAAUUGCACAAUUCACUCCCAGGUACCAGUGAGUUUACUCAUUACAUUGUUAUUUAUACUUUCCAUUUCUUUUAUUUUGAACUUGGGGGGAAAAAGUAAUAGAAUAAAGGCUUGAUACCUGGCAAGAACCACCUGAAUGACAGAACUAGGAGCCUGACACAACAUGAACCACAUUGGUUUUGAAAUGUCAGUGAUUGAAAUGCCAGAUGUUUUAGUCAAACAAGCAGCCAGGCUUUUAUUUGAGGUUUACAUUAAUUAAUGUUUUCAUGCUCAUAAUGGUAUUCUGGCUGUGAUUAUGGAUUUUUUUCUUUUUUCUUUUUGCACAUCUACAUGCUCAGAGAUUUGUAAAUAAAGGCUAAGAUGUAAAAACUGUUAUUUCCAUUAACUGAUAAAGUUUCAAAAUUUGGUUAGCACUAUAUUAUUAUUCAAGUACACUUGAUCAAAUCUUUUCUACUUGUUGCAUGAAGUCAUUUUUCUAAUUGUACAUAAAAAAAACAAGUAACUCGUGUUUUCAGGAUAUUCCCCUGUUUAAUGAGUUAAAAAAAAAUUUAAUGAACUUUCCCCCAAAAAAUCAAAAAGACCUUGUAUUGUGCAGUUUCCAGAUGAAUUCUACUGUAUUAGACAAGUAAUUUCUGUGCUCUGUCACACAAGGUUUUUAAAGUAUUCAGCCCCUUUCAAAUGCAGAUUUGUACUAUUUUUUUACUUCAAUUUUACUGUAAAAGCCCUACAUCCAUUCCAUCAUGAUGAAAACUGGGUUUGGUAGUCCAUAAUGAAAUAUAUUUUUGUCGGUGUUUUGAAGCAAGGAUUUUCUUGUUACUUUAUAUUUUUUGAAUUUAUGUUUACAUGCCAUUUAACACCAACUAGGCAGUUUCUCCUGGAAUGGCUGAGAGCCAUGGACUGACAUUUUUCUGUAAUUUCUUGUCAGUGUUUAUUCUAGUUCUAGGCUUUAAAAAAAAAUCAUUUGUAGAAAAAAUUCAAUAAAUGUUUUUUGAAGUUUCA